AUGGCCGCCGCAGGCGGUCUCCACACCGUGCUGCUGAGGAGCGACGGGGCCGCCGUGGCCUGCGGCUCGAACGCUUACGGCCAGUGCGACAUCCCGGCGCUGCGCGGUGAGGGCCUGGCCUACACGCAGGCCUCUGCGGGCACCGAGCACUCCGUGCUGCUGAGGAGCGACGGGGCCGCCUGCGACGUGCCGGCUCUGAGCGGAGGCCCGACCUACACGCAGGUCGCUGCGGGUGGUCGCCACACCGUGCUGCUGAGGAGCGACGGUGCUGCCACGGCCUGCGGCUCGAACGCGAACGGGCAGUGCGACGUCCGGGCGCUGGGCGGAGGCGUGACUUACACACAGGUCGCUGCGGGUGCCGAGCACACCGUGCUGCUGCGGAGCGACGGUGCUGCCGCGGCCUCGGGCUGGAACGACUGCGGGCAGUGCGACGUCCCGGCGCUGAGCGAAGACCUGAUUUACACGCAGGUCGCUGCGGGUCGUCGCCAUUCUGUGCUGCUGAGGAGCGACGGUGCUGCCACAGCCUGCGGCUCGAAUUCGUACGGGCAGUGCGACAUCCCGAUAUUGAGCGGAGACACGACUUAUACGCAGGUCGCUGUGGGUUACGAGCACACCGUGCUGCUGAGGUGCGAUGGGACGGUGACGGCCUGCGGUGCAGCCGCGGAUGUCGGCUGGAACUUUCCCGAGGUUUGCGUCGUUCCAGCACUGGACGCAGGGCUGACCUACACGCAGGCCUGGGGGGACAAAAUGGUACCGAUGAUGCUACUCUUAAGUCGGGCGUGUCCCCUACAGGGGGAUUUUCGAAGAAAAAUUAGAAAUGCCCCAACAUUAGUCAAACAAUAG